AUGUCACCGAUCCAAACCGGUGGCUUCUCCGCCACUUAUGCCUCAAGUCGGACAGGCGCGCCUGAUCUACGCUUGAUUCACUAUAAUGAUGUCUACCACGUGGAAUCAGGGUCCGCCGAACCUAUCGGUGGUGUAUCGCGUUUCCAGUCCGUCGUUAACUACUACCGCCACCACCCUCAUUUCGCCAGCUUACCCGAGCUCCUGACCUUCUUUUCCGGCGAUGCCUUCAAUCCUAGUCUCGAGAGUACAGUCACCAAGGGGCGGCAUAUGGUAUCAUUCUUGAAUAAAGCAGGGACAGAUGCCGCUUGUGUCGGGAAUCACGAUCUUGAUUUCGGCGUCGCACAAUUCCGACACUUGCGCGACCAGUGCAAGUUCCCAUGGCUGCUGGCCAAUGUUCUAGACCCCGCUCUGGGCCCAGAUGUCCCCAUCGCCAACUGCGGAAAGACCGUGAUGUUGACCUCUUCGAACGGGCUCAAGGUUGGGGUUAUCGGUCUAGGGGAGCGAGAAUGGCUCGGAACGAUCAACUCCCUUCCUCCCAACUUAAUCUACAAGUCCGCAUCGAAGACCGCGUUGGAGUUGGCGCCGCAGCUGCGCCAGCAGGGGGCGGAUAUCGUCGUGGCCGUCACUCAUCAGCGUGAACCGAACGACUAUAAGUUGGCGAGGAACCUGCCUCCCGGAACGAUUGAUCUCAUCCUCGGAGGACACGAUCACUUCUACGGUCAUGCCGUCAUCAACAACACCCAUAUCUUGCGAUCUGGAACCGACUUCAAGCAACUCAGCUACAUCGAGGCGUGGCGAAAGACGGAUGGCCCCGGGUGGGAUUUCAGCAUCGUGCGUCGUGACAUCGUUCGAUCGAUACCCGAGGAUCCUGCUACGGUGGCCCUGGUCGGCCGCUUGACAUCGAGUCUCAAGGCGAAGCUGGAAAAGCCGGUCGGAUACACGGUCCGCCCGCUCGAUGGCCGAUUCUCCACUGUGCGUCAGAGAGAGUCUAAUCUCGGGAACUUUGUCUGCGACCUGAUGCGCUUCUACUACGCUGCGGACUGCGCCAUGAUGGCCGGUGGAACCAUCCGCGGUGAUCAGAUCUACCCACCUGGCAUUCUGCGACUAAAAGACCUCCUGAAUUGCUUCCCGUUCGAAGACCCCGUGGUCCUCCUGCGGAUUAAGGGUCAGGCCCUCAUGGAUGCCUUGGAAAAUGGCGUUAGCCAGCUGCCCGCCCUGGAGGGCCGGUUCCCUCAGGUAUCCAGUAUUUCCUUCAGUUUCAACCCGUCCGCACCACCCGGCUCGCGCAUCAACUGGGCCAAGGUCGGCGGGCAGCCGAUUGAGUUCGACCGCAGCUACGUCCUGGCGACAAGGGGCUACAUGGCACGCGGAAAGGACGGUUUCACCUCGCUUCUAGUCAAAUCCGCCGGUGGCGACGUGGAGGAGAUCGUCGACGAGGAGAGCGGCGUGAUGAUCAGCACCAUCCUCCGCCAGUACUUUCUGAGUCUGAAGAUCGUGGGAAAAUGGCAGCGCUGGAGCAAGAGUCUGUCCCGGCACUGGGCCCAGGUGCAUCAGAACCUGCACUGCGACGACUGGCUAAAACCUCCAUCCACGCUCCCCUCUCCCGUCUCUGAGAAGGUCCCCAGCCGGGCGCUUCCCUCGCGGCCGAACCUGAAACGCACGAACCGCUACUACUACGGCCGGUUCCCGGAGAUCCCACAGAACGGCCAACGCAACGGCCGCGCAGACGGGGGAGAAUCGUCGGAAAUGGACUCCGAUUCGGAUCUGGACCCGGACAUCCUGACCUCGCCGCAGCCCACAACCAACUACGUGACGCUGCCUGCCCGCUCGGCCGCCGAGGAAGAACGCCGCCUGCGGCUGGCGCGGCGCGCGGUUCGCAAAUGGAUGCAGGCGGCCGGGCUCCAGCCUGCGACGCUCACCACGGCCGAUGACGCCCAGGGGUUCACGCCGACGUGGACGCCGGGAAUCGCACCUCGCAUUGAGGGGCGGAUUAUAGAAGAGGGCAGUGGCAUGGCUGUGGACGGGAUGUCGUAA